AUGGGCGUUGCCCACUCCCACUCCGCCUCCGAGGAGCUGCGGGAGCUCCAGGGCAAGACCGGCUUCUCAACAGAUCAGAUCGAGCAGCUCCAUCGGAGAUUUAAGCAGCUGAGUGGAGGUCAGCCUACCAUCCGCAAGGAGAACUUCAACAACGUCCCGGACCUGGAGCUCAACCCCAUCCGAUCCAGAAUUGUUCGUGCCUUCUUUGACCACAGGAACCUGCGCAAGGGCCCCAGCGGCCUGGCUGAUGAGAUCGAUUUCGAGGACUUCCUGAUCAUCAUGUCCUACUUCAGGCCCAUCGACAGCACCAUGGGCGAGGAGCAGGUGGCGCAGUCCCGGAGGGAGAAGCUGAGGUUUCUGUUCCACAUGUACGACGCCGACAGCGACGGCCGCAUCACCCUGGAAGAAUAUCGAAAUGUGGUCGAGGAGCUGCUGUCGGGAAAGCCGCACAUCCAUGAGUCCGCUGGCUCCAUCGCCGAGGGGGCCAUGAUGGAGGCGGCCAGCGUGUGCUUGGGGCAAACGGAGCCUGAUCAGGUGUACGAGGCCAUCACCUUCGAGGACUUCCUGAAGAUCUUGCAAGGGAUGGACAUUGAGUCCAAGAUGCACAUCUGCUUCCUUAACAUGGAAACCAUGGCCCUCUGCCACUGA